ACCGUGACACUUCCAUGAGCUUCCUGUGCAACCUUGAAAUUGUGCCCCCUCAGCUGCUGCAAAAUAUUGCGAUAAAACUGCAAACAGAGAUUUAGAACAUAAUGACUACCCGUUCUUCACAGCUGCCCCAUGACCGGAGCAAACCUGUGGAAGAAAAUGAUCUGGUAGAUCAGCUGGUCUCUAGAACAGGCUGUUCUGCACAACAUUAUGCACUUCAGGAGUGUUUUGCAGAGCAUGGAGACUGGAGGAAAUGCAAGACAAAGCUCCAGGACUUUAAAGAGUGCAUUAUGCCAUUCCAGAAAGCUCGGAUGGAACAGCUGGAAAAAUGUAAAGAUUCAGCCACAGAGAACAUUUGAUGAAAAUAUUUUUUUCAAGCCACAUAUAUUAAGCAAGUUCUAAUGUUGUAACUUCAGAUUGCCUUCAGUACAGACUUAAGUACACAAGAAAACUGUGUGAUUAUUCUUAGAACGAUUUAUUUUCUUGUUGACUGAGGCAUGUAUAAGCAUACAUUAAUUUAUUCACUGGAUCAUUUGGAGGAUGUAGAAAACAUUUCUUUUAAAAAUUGGUCAAAUUAGUGCUAGUCUGUUUCUUUCUUUUUACUGUUUUUGUAUCAACACAUAAUAAAACAUGCAAACACAG